AUGCGUGUAAAGGCUCGCGGUACUCCCCGCGACGCCUCCUUGGCAAACCAGGCCGAUGUCAUCAUCAACGCCGUCGACUCCCUGCAAAUCCGCCUUGCCGUAACUGGAACCUCCUGUGAUAAAUACCCAGCUAAACAACAUGCGCGCAACGUUGCCCGCAAGCUUGGGGUGUCGCAUGGCCUCAUUUUCAUCGCUGGUGAGCCCACGGUCAAUUGGCGCGAUUCUGACCAAUCGCGCCCGUUCCGUCAACGUCGCUACUUCUACUAUCUCAGUGGUGUGGACGAGCCUGACUGUGCUCUGACAUAUGAUAUCGGCUUGGAUAUUUUGACCCUCUAUGUGCCGGACUUUGAUCUCCACCGGGCAAUUUGGAUGGGCCCAACCUUGUCGCGUGAGGAUGCUCAGGAUCGAUAUGAUGUUGAUCGAGUAUUGUAUCUGUCGUCACUCCAGCCGGAGCUGGUAUCUUGGUUGAGUGAACGAGUCCAAAGUAGCUUGUUGUAUAUGGUUCAUGACUCGGAGACUCCCAAGGGAUUGCCGGCAGAGCUGCCACUGGAUGCCAAGCAGCUGAUGCCUGCCAUGGAUGCAGCUCGAGGUGUCAAAGAUGAGUAUGAGAUUCGCUUGAUCCGUCAGGCCAACAAAGUGUCUGGUCUAGCGCACCGGAAAAUCCUCGAGAACAUCCAAAAGAUGACCAAUGAGUCCCAAAUUGAAGGAUCGUUCCUUGAUACCUGCAUCUCCCACGGUGCCCCGAACCAAGCGUAUCAGAUUAUCGCCGCGUCGGGUCCCAACGCGGCAGUUCUCCAUUACGAUCGAAACAACGAAUCUCUCAAGGGCAAGCCUCUCGUAUGUCUCGAUGCCGGUGCCGAAUGGAAGUGCUAUGCUAGCGAUGUGACUCGCACCUUCCCCCUUUCGGGUGAAUGGCCUAGCAAGUACGCUCGCGACAUUUACCGGGUCGUCGAGCGCAUGCAAGAGGAAUGCAUUAAGCGCAUCCGCCGAGGAACGCGCUUCUUAUCUCUGCACGACCUGGCCCACGAAAUCUCCAUCAUCGAACUCCUACACCUUGGUGUCUUCAAGGGUGGCAGUCUCUCCGAAAUCCGAGCCUCGGGCGCAUCCAAGGUCUUCUUCCCUCACGGUCUGGGCCACCACGUCGGUCUCGAAGUUCACGAUGUAUCCGAGUCUUCCAUCAUGGCUCUGCAUCCGGACUUUGACCACGAUCAAUACGGCUCGGUUCUGAACCCGGCAGGUAGCCUUGCGCCUUGCACGCUAUCUGCUCCAUUGUUGGAAGAGGGUAUGGUGGUUACCGUGGAACCGGGCAUCUAUUUCUCGCCGCUUGCUCUGGCGAAUGCGCGGAAACAACCUUUUGCAAAGUACAUUGACUUUGACGUUGCUGAAAAGUAUGUGCAUAUCGGUGGUGUUCGCAUUGAGGAUGAUAUCCUCGUUACUGCUACUGGCUAUGAGAACCUCACUACUGCUCCGAAGGGAGAGGAGGCGCUUGCCAUUAUUCGGGGGUCUGCAUUGCAAUGUUGA